UCAAUUGACAUUGGUGUAGAUUAUUUUAACAUUAAUUUUAGGAAGUCAGAUAAACAUUUACGAUAUUUACGCAAGUUCAAAUGCAAUUAUAUUAUUUUAAACGUGAAGUGCAUUAUUGACAAUAUGUCCACUGUUUGGAUAUUAGCUGAAUUGAAGGAUGUUAGGGAUCCGAAUACGAUGUUUCCACAAAAAGUAAUGGUCCGCGUACUCAGAAGGGGUCACGAUGAAACAACUUGGGUCCCUGGAAAUAUUGUAAAUUUGUGCGAUGAAGGCCAGGCUCCCCAAAGAGCAAGAAUUUUAUUUGUAUCUGAAAGCAGAAAAUUAGUACUGAAUAAAAAAGAACUUUCGGGCAUGCAGGAGAUCUAUAUGAAGGAAGUGGUGAAAAGAUGUUUACGCACUAUCUCGGAUUUGAGACGUAAUAGUCAAACAUAUUGUUUGCACGUGGAGGACCUACCGAAUAGUACUGGAGAAGUGCCAUCUAUACCUAAUUUGAUAAUUAAUCGGCGUACAGGUCAAACAAGUACUAGCAACAGUGAUUAUAGCGACAGUAGUGAUGAGGACAGAAUAUCAUCCAACAUAGUAAUGAAUGAAAGGAGACGACAAUUAGCAAAUAGAUUUGUGCCCCAACCGAUAGUCAAUGGUCCUGGACCUGCGCCUCCACCUAUACCCAACGCAGCUGCGCACCAACCGAUGUUUAACAUAAACAGACCUGCUGCGUCCCACCCAAUAGCCAAUGGAGCUGCGCCCCACCCGUUGGCCAACGGAGUUGCACCUCAACCGAUAUCCAACAGACAUGCUGAGCCCCAACCGUUGGCCAACGGAGUUGCACCUCAACUGAUAUCCAACAGACAUGCUGCGCCCCAACCGUUGGCCAACGGAGUUGCGCCUCAACCGAUAUCCAACAGACAUGCUGCGCCCCAACCGUUGGCCAACGGAGUUGCGCCUCAACCGAUAUCCAACAGACAUGCUGCGCCCCAACCGUUGGCCAACGGAGUUGCGCCUCAGCCGAUGUGCUACAGACAUGCUUCGCCCCAACCAAUGGCCAACGGAGUUGCGCCUCAACCGAUAUACAUCAGAUAUGCUGCGCCCCAACAGAUGGCCAGCGGGGCUGCGCCUCAACCGAUAUUCAACAGACCUGCUGCACCACACCCAAUUGCCAACGAAGCUGCGGUCCAUCCGAUGGCCAACGGAGCUGCACUUCAACCAACAUUCAACAGACAAGCUGCGUCCCACCUAAUUGACAACGGAGCUGCGCCUCAACCGAGAUUAAAUGACCCUCCGAUAUAUCCACCUCAACUUUACGGCCUUGGUCCCCCACCAGUAGUUUGUAGUUUAGCCGUUCAACCGGUCCAACCGGUCGUUGAAGGUCCUCCUUACCCACCGGAAGCUAAUGAACCUAUUUCCCCAUCGAUAGUUAACGAGCCUGCUCAUCCACCAGUAAUUAACGGUCCUGCUGCCCAACCAGUAGUUGAUGACCCUGUACCCCCACAGGUAGUUGAAGACCCUGUUCUUCCACCGGUAGUUGAUGACCCUGUUCCCCAACCGGUAGUUUAUGACCCUGCUCCCCAACCGGUAGCUAAUGACCCUGCUGCCCAACCAGUAGUUGAUGACCCUGUACCCCCACAGGUAGUUGAAGACCCUGUCCCCCCACAAGUAGUUGAAGACUCUGUUUCCCCACAGAUAGGUGAAGACCCUGUUCUUCUACAGGUAAUUGAUAACCCGGUUCCCCAACCGGUAGUUGAGGACCCUGCUGCCCAACCGGUAGUUACUGAUGUUGCUCCCCUACCUGUAGUUAAUGACCUUGCUGCCGUCCCGGUAGUAGUUGAUUCCCCACCGGGAGAUAACGGUCUUGCUCCGCUGUUAAUUGUGAACGGCGGCAUUACCCCACCGAUAGGUAACUGCCUUGCUUCUCCACCGGUAGACAAUGGCUCUGUCCAAUCGAUAGUUAAGGAACCUGCUGUCAUAUUGAUAGAUGACAGCUCUACUUCCCCACCGAUAGAUACACCCAGCAAUUCCCGAAAUAACAAUACAGAUGACAAGAUUGCAGAAAAAAAACUCUGGCAGCGACUACAGAAAAUGAAAAAAAUUGCAAAGAUUAUUGAUACGGAAUUGCAAAAUUAUACGCAAACAAAAGAUGAACUGACUACGUCAUCUGAAGAAAUUGAUGAAGAAAAUAUCGUUAGUAUGGAACAAAGGCAGAGUGACCCACAAGUAAGCUUAAAUAAUUUACACUCGGAAGAAGACAAUGAGAGUAUGGGUGUAGAAAUAGGAGUUCAAGAAGAGGAAGGUGAAGAAAAACAAAAGGAAAGACGUUGUAGAUCGAAGCGAAAGGGCUCUCUGGCGAGUCAAGUUUUAGACGGUUCGAAGUCUUACCUCAAGAGGCGCAGAAUGUUACCUCACACUUCUUUUAGUACUAUCCGUAAGAAGUGCAACAAUCUGGUUGAAAUCGGGGCAGGUUUUGCAAAAGUACCAGGAUGUAUAAUGACUUCGAUUGACUGGACUUCAUAUAGUUUAGCGACUCGACAGUUAUUGCUAUCAGUUUUUCCUAGAAGUGCUCUAGCCCAAUAUUCGCUUCUUGGGACGCAGCCUUCAGUUUAUAUGAAGAAACAAACACAGAGAGUUUUAAAUCCACUACUCGUUCAGGAUAUUGUGAGAACAGUAGCCUCAAAAUGUAAUGUUCCCAAGGAUUUAGUGAGAAAAUGCAUUAAAGAAAUUUGCAGAGAGGAAAUAAGAAUAUUUCGUAAAAAUAAACGGAAAAUGAAGCAUAAACAGCGACAACAAAUCGACGAUUAUGUCCCUUUAUCUUCAUCUUCCACUAAUUCAUCAUCAGAGGAAAUAGUGGUCCAUGAAAUAUCGGACUAAUUCUGUAGUACCUAACAAAAUUGCCCAUUAAAUAACCGGUAGGCAAAGAUACUGAAACAUCUAGGUGCGUCUAAAUAAUACUAAAUAAUAGGUAAUCCUUGCGUAAUCCUGUAUAUACCAUUCUUGAUCUUUUUCAAUAUAUUAUCGCCUAUUUGGUCUACGACGCGCAACGCCCUCUACUGACUACUCUAUGCAUUCUCACUCGAAACCUUUUUCGUAAGUCUGUUCACAUCCGUUCUUUCACGAUGACCUAGGCAAGACCUAACUGACCAACUCCAACUUAGGUAGUACUUACUUCUUUAUCACUUUCUUUCUCAAUUGGUCUGAAAAUUUAUUACUAACAAAAAGUUCUUGUAUAAAGAUAGUUUUACGAAAAUGUUUAAUACAACCUGAACAAGGUGCUGAAUAGUAUUAAAUAAUGAAUAUGAUUGCAGUUUGUGUAGAUGUUUUUAAUAGCUAUUUAAAAAGAUAUAUUUUUUUAAGUUUUGACGUACCUACAUAGUUUAUAUUUAUAUAAGUUGACUGACGAUCGUUUUGAGGAUUAGGAAUACAACGUUAUUACGAAUAUGUAUAUACACAUUGUCAUUUUAAUACAAAUAUUAAACUGUCAAACACCAAGCGGUCACCGGUGACAGUUUAAGUAAAUGAUUUCGUUACAAAGUAGAUACCUAACUAUUUGUAAGAUUAAUAAUAAAGACGUCAGUUUCCAGUCCGGAAAUGUA